GGGUUGAGAAAGGUUUAUAUUCCCGAAACCUCGGGAGCUGUCAUAGCUAAAGAGAAGGAAUUCUGUCUCCAGGAAGGGGGGGGGGCACACCUCUAAAGAUAGCUACUGUCCCGUUUCUGGAAAUCUGGUAUUUCUAGAGCAGAAAUUACUUUCACCAAACACAAGUUGGUGAGAGGAGGAGUCCCUGGACAGGACAUAAGGAUGCUGUAACCAGAAGAUGGGAUCGCGGAACAGCAGCAGCGCAGGAUCCGGGUCCUUAGAGCCCUCCGAGGGCUUGUCCCGAAGAGCGGCUGGCUCGCGUCGGAGAGAAGAAGAGGAAGAGGAUGAAGAUGUGGAUCUGGCCCAGGUACUGGCCUAUCUCCUCCGCAGAGGCCAAGUGAGGCUGGUGCAAGGAGGAGGCGCAGCAAACUUACAACUCAUCCAGGCCCUCUCAGACUCAGAGGAAGAGCAUGACAGUGCCUGGGAUGGUCGCCUCGGAGAUCAAUACAACCCACCUGUGGAUGCAACCCCUGACACUGGGGAGCUAGAAUACAAUGAGAUCAAGACGCAGGUGGAACUGGCCACAGGGCGGCUAGGCCUCAGGAGAACUGCUCAGGAGCACAGCUUCCCGCGAAUGCUACACCAGAGAGAACGGGGCCUCUGCCACCGGGGAAGCUUCUCCCUUGGAGAACAGUCUCGAGUGAUGUCUCACUUCUUGCCCAAUGAUCUAAGCUUCACUGAUACCUACUCUCAGAAGGCAUUCUGUGGCAUCUACAGUAAAGAUGGUCAAAUCUUCAUGUCUGCUUGCCAAGAUCAGACAAUCCGACUGUACGACUGUCGGUAUGGCCGCUUCCAUAAAUUCAAAAGCAUCAAGGCCCGGGACGUAGGCUGGAGUGUCUUGGAUGUGGCCUUCACUCCUGACGGAAACCACUUUCUGUACUCCAGCUGGUCUGAUUACUAUGACCUCCUAAGCGGCCACAUUGUGAAGAAGCUGACCAACCACAAGGCAUGUGUGCGUGAUGUCAGUUGGCACCCCUUUGAGGAAAAGAUUGUCAGCAGUUCGUGGGAUGGGAAUCUGCGUCUUUGGCAGUACCGCCAGGCUGAGUACUUCCAGGAUGACAUGCCAGAGUCUGAGAAAGGUUCCAGUGCUCCCACUCCGGUGUCCUGCCCUUCUGUGGCCUUUUCUUCCCCUCAGUAGAUCUGACCUCCAGCUCUGUAGAGGGUGGAUUCUCAACAUAUUCUCUGCCUGUUCCUCCCUUUCCCCUUCUGGGGAGUAUGAGGAGGAGCUGAUGACAUUGGGUGGUGGAAACAAGCCCAGGGUCUGGGCCCAAGCUGAGCCUGGUCUACCCCCACCCCCAGGCCGAGAGGUUUCCUCACGCAUUCACACCCAGUCUGCUUGGAUUUCUAUCUGUAGCCAGAGUGUGGCAGGACAGCCUUUAUCUGGGGUGCAGCUUCUGCCAACAAGUCAAUUGUCGUGAGUGUUUUGAAUCAUGUUCCAAUGUUAGAUAUUGGCUCAUAGUGUAGAUCCCUGAGGUCUGAAUAGACCCAUCAGCAAUGCCCUUUGCCCAGGUCUUCACACUGAGGAUUAGAUUGGCCAAUCAGGGCUAAGUAUACUGGCCUUUCUUCCUUAGAUCUUUGAAGGAGGACAGGGUGGGUAGAGCUUGUUUCCUCGGCAC